GACGGCCCACUAAUUUGGCUAAGGUAAGAAAAGUGAUGCAGGGACCGAAUAAACCCCCCUCUGUUUUUCUUGAGAGGCUCUUGGAAGCCUUCAGGCGGCACACCCCUUUUGAUCCCACCUCAGAGGCCCAAAAAGCCUCAGUGGCUUUGGCCUUUAUAGGACAGUCAGCCUUGGAUAUUAAAAAGAAGCUUCAGAGACUGGAAGGGUUACAGGAGGCUGAGUUACGUGAUCUAGUGAAGGAGGCAGAGAAAGUGUAUUACAAAAGGGAGACAGAAGAAGAAAGGGAACAAAGAAAAGAGAGAGAAAGAGAAAAAAGGGAGGAAAGACGUAAUAAACGGCAAGAGAAGAAUUUGACUAAGAUCUUGGCUGCAGUGGUUGAAGGAAAAAGCAAUAGGGAAAGAGAGAGAGAUUUUAGGAAAAUUAGGUCAGGCCUUAGACAGUCAGGGAACCUGGACUAUAGGACCCCACUCGACAAGGACCAAUGUACAUAUUGUAAAGAAAAAGGACACUGGGCAAGGGACUGCCCCAAGAAGGGAAACAAAGGACUGAAGGUCUUAGCUCUGGAAGAAAAUAAAGACUAGGGAAGACGGGGUUCGGACCCCCUCCCCGAGCCCAGGGUAACUUUAAAGGUAGAGGGGCAACCAGUUGAGUUUCUGGUUGAUACCGGAGCGAAACAUUCAGUGCUACUACAGCCAUUAGGAAAACUAAAAGAUAAAAAAUCCUGGGUGAUGGGUGCCACAGGGCAACAACAGUAUCCAUGGACUACCCGAAGAACAGUUGACUUGGGAGUGGGACGGGUAACCCACUCGUUUCUGGUCAUACCUGAGUGCCCAGCACCCCUCUUAGGUAGAGACUUAUUGACCAAAAUGGGAGCGCAAAUUUCUUUUGAACAAGGAAAACCAGAAAUGUCUGCAAAUACCAGUGGAUGGCCCAUAUGCCUGAAGGCUAUCGCAGCUGUGGCCAUGCUGGUCAAGGACGCUGACAAAUUGACUUUGGGACAGAAUAUAACGGUAAUAGCCCCCCAUGCAUUGGAGAACAUCGUUCGGCAACCCCCAGACCGAUGAAUGACCAACGCCCACAUGACCCACUAUCAAAGCCUGCUUCUCACAGAGAGGGUCACGUUCGCUCCACCAGCCGCUCUCAACCCUGCCACUCUUCUGCCUGAAGAGACUGAUGAACCAGUGACUCAUGAUUGCCAUCAAUUAUUGAUUGAGGAGACUGGGGUCCGCAAGGACCUUACAGACAUACCGCUCACUGGGAAGUGGACCUCACUGAGGUAAAGCCGGCUAAAUACGAAAACAAAUACCUAUUGGUUUUUGUAGACACCUUUUCAAGAUGAGUAGAGGCUUAUCCUACUAAGAAAGAGACUUCAACCGUGGUGGCUAAGAAAAUACUGAAAAAAAUUUUUCCAAGAUUUGGAAUACCUAAGGUAAUAGGGUCAGACAAUGGUCCAGCUUUUGUUGCCCAAAUAAAUCAGGGACUGGCCAAGAUAUUGGGGAUUGAUUGGAAACUGCAUUGUGCAUACAGACCCCAAAGCUCAGGACAGGUAGAGAAGAUGAAUAGAACCAUUAAAGAGACCCUUACUAAAUUGACCGCGGAGACUGGCAUUAAUGAUUAAAUAGCUCUCCUGCCCUUUGUGCUGUUUAGGGUUAAAAACACCCCUGGACAAUAUGGGUUGACCCCCUAUAAAUUGUUCUACGGGGGACCCCCCCCCAUUGAUAAAAGUUGCUUCUGUACAUAGUGCUGAUACGCUGCUUUCCCAGCCUUUGUUCUCCAGGCUCAAGGCACUUGAGUGGGUGAGACAACGAGCGUAGAGGCAACUCCGGGAGGCCUACUCAGGAGGAGAAGACUUGCAGAUCCCACAUCGUUUCCAAGUGGGAGAUUCAGUCUACGUUAGACUAAGUGCAGUCCAGAUCAUGGUACUUAGACAACAGUACCAAAGCCCGUCUAGCAGGGAAGCUGGCCGCUAGCUCUACCAGUUCUAAGAUUAGAACUAUUAACAAGAGAAGAAGUGGGGAAUGAAAGGAUAAAAAUACAACCUAAGCUAAUGAGAAGCUUAAAAUUGUUCUGAAUUCCAGAGUUUGUUCCUUAUAGGUAAAAGGUUAGGUUUUUUGCUGUUUUAAAAUAUGCGGAAGUAAAAUAGGCCCUGAGUACGUGUCUCUAGGCAUGAAACUUCUUGAAACUAUUUGAGAUAACAAGAAAAGGGAGUUUCUAACUGCUUGUUUAGCUUCUGUAAAACUGCUUGCAAAAGAUAAAAGGAGAGGAGGUUAAUCUCUAAAGCAACCUCAAAUUGGUUGCACCAUAAAAAUGUUGAAACGUUGAUACACAUAUCUUGGUGACAACAUGUCUCCCCGAAACAUGCGCAAAUGUGUAACUCCAAA